UAAAUGUAAUUAACAGCCAUUCAGACUGGAAUAAAAUUCAAUAUGGCUGCGUAAAUUAUGAAUCUAUCCGAGAGCUAGUAUUUCGGGGACAAGGUUUUUAUUUUAAUCACCCCAUGAUGCCUAGUUUUACCAGUCGAUCAACAAGAAGUAGUACCAGAAAGCUACGUAGGCGAUUAAAUGUAAAACGUACCGAUUUGAGGCGACACAAUAGUGAAAGCACCAGUUCAAGAAGUAGCGAUGAGGAGCAAGGAGAGAGCAGCUACAGUACCCGAUAUUACUUACGGAAACGCCAAACAGAUUAUGGAUUAUCACAGGAAGAAAGUCAAUCCAAAAGAAGAAGGAAGUCACCUUCUAAGUCAUUAUGCAGAGGUAGUCCAAUCGGUGCCCAGUACCUACAGGAGGAAAUGCCAGAUGAAGUUUUAAUCAAGAUAUUUAGCUACCUGUAUGAAUAUGAUUUAUGCAGAGCAGCAUGUGUAUGUAAAAGGUUUAAGGCCAUUGCAGAUGAUCCAGGGCUUUGGAAGAGGAUUUACCAGGAUGUGUUCGAAUAUGAUUACCCAUUGAUGAAUCCCGAGUCUAGAGUUUUUCAAUUCAUUCAACCUGAUGAAAAUGAGUAUGAAAACCAGUGGAAGGAGAGCUUCAAGCAACUGCACAAAGGAAUCCAUGUUAGACCAGGCUAUCAAGAUACAUACAAUCCAAAAUACAGAAGACUCAGAGGACGGGAUAUUAUUUAUUUUGAUUCCAUUGAGAGAGCCUACAGUUUUGUGGAUUCCGAGGACAUGGAGACUGCCAUUAUAUUUAUUCACUCUGGAAUGUACUUAACAGAGUAUUUGUUUGUGGACACUAAUGUGACCAUGAUAGGUGCUGCCCCGGGCAAUGUGAUAGACAAUGUGAUUAUAGAGCGGGGAACAGAGUCCACUAUUACAUUCGUAGAGGGAGCCAAGGAGGCUUAUCUAGGAUAUGUUACUCUUAAGUUCACACCUGACUUAACAAUGGCUAUGACGCACCAUAAACAUUAUGCCUUGGAGGUGACAGAGAAUUGUUCUCCCACAAUAGAUCAUUGUAGAAUCAAAAGUACUUCUGUUGUGGGUUCUGCAGUCUGUGUAUCAGGAGUUGGAGCAGAUCCUGUCAUCAAACACUGCAAGAUCAAAGACUGUGAAAAUGUUGGACUCUUUGUUACAGAUUAUGCACAGGGACAGUAUGAAGAUAAUGAAAUUAGUGGAAAUGCACUGGCUGGAAUCUGGGUAAAAAAUCACUCCAACCCCAUAAUGAGGCGGAACCACAUUCACCAUGGUAGAGAUGUAGGAAUCUUCACCUUUGACAAUGGUCUUGGUUAUUUUGAGGAAAAUGACAUUCAUAACAACAGAAUAGCAGGCUUUGAAGUGAAAGCUGGAGCAAACCCUACAGUUGUGAGAUGUGAAAUUCACCACGGCCAGACAGGAGGUGUUUAUGUCCAUGAAAAUGGGCGUGGUCAGUUUAUAGAGAAUAAAAUCCACUCAAACAAUUUUGCUGGGGUAUGGAUAACAUCAAACAGUGAUCCCACCAUUAGGAAAAAUGAAAUAUUCAAUGGUCAUCAAGGAGGGGUAUAUAUCUUUGGUGAAGGAAGAGGCUUAAUUGAACAUAAUAAUAUAUAUGGGAAUGCUUUAGCAGGGAUCCAGAUUCGUACAAACAGUAAUCCAAUUGUACGACAUAAUAAAAUUCACCAUGGUCAACAUGGAGGAAUCUAUGUGCAUGAAAAAGGCCAGGGUUUAAUAGAAGAGAAUGAGGUGUACUCCAACACACUAGCUGGUGUAUGGAUCACAACAGGUAGUACGCCAGUGCUACGCAAAAAUCGCAUUCACAGUGGAAAACAGGUUGGGGUGUAUUUUUAUGACAAUGGACAUGGAGUUUUAGAAGACAAUGAUAUUUUUAAUCAUUUGUAUUCUGGAGUUCAGAUUAGGACCGGCAGUAAUCCCUUAAUAAGGAGGAACAAGAUAUGGGGAGGACAAAAUGGAGGCAUCCUGGUUUACAACAGUGGGCUAGGGAUGAUUGAACGAAAUGAAAUCUUUGACAAUGCAAUGGCGGGUGUCUGGAUCAAGACAGACAGCAACCCACUGCUGCGUGGCAACAAGAUUCAUGAUGGUCGUGAUGGUGGUGUCUGUAUUUUUAGUGGAGGAAAAGGAAUCUUAGAAGAAAAUGAUAUAUUUAGGAAUGCCCAAGCAGGCGUACUUAUAAGCACUAGUAGUCACCCAAUGUUACGACGCAAUCGCAUAUUUGAUGGAAACGCAGCAGGUGUAGAAAUCACCAACAAUGCUACAGCAACACUUGAAGGCAACAAGAUCUUCAAUAAUAAAUUUGGAGGAUUGUGUCUAGCAAGUGGGGUCCAUCCCAAACAAAAAGAUAACGUCAUAACUGGAAAUCACAACAUGGUGCAGAGGGCUGUGUCCACAGGCCAGUGUCUCUACAAAAUCUCCAGCUACACAAGUUUUCCCAUGCAUGAUUUCUACAGGUGUCAAACCUGCAACACGACAGAGAGAAAUGCCAUUUGUGUGAACUGUAUCAAAAACUGCCAUGCAGGACAUGUUGUGGAAUUUAUUCGACAUGAUCGAUUCUUCUGUGACUGUGGAGCUGGGACUCUAAACAACUGUUGUCAAUUACAGGGGGAACCCACACAGGAUACGGACACACUUUAUGAUUCUGCUGCUCCUAUGGAAACGCACACCUUGCGGGUCAACUGAAUUGUGUCAAAUUUGUGCUGAUCUUUUUAUUCACCAAAAUGAGGCCAAAGUUCACUCUGUGAAAUGUGUCGCUGUGUUGUUCCUUGCAUAGUGUGCUAUAUUUAUGUCACACCUGGGAAAUUAUUUGUUAUUUAUUUAUGACUUGACUGUGACCAAAGACAACAUAAGUGUUAUUUUGAAAAAAACUGUUUGAUUUGUUUUAAAUGUUUCUUAGGUCAGUGAAUUUUUUGCUUCUUUGUUAAGUCAGUUGGUUUUUCAAUGUAUUGGGCUAGAAAUGUUUGGGUUAUUAUUCUUGAAAGGCUAAAGUAAUAAUGGCCAAUAUUGUAUUGGUUAUAGCUAAAGUAAUAAUGGCCAAUAUUGUAUUGGUUAUAGCUAAAGUAAUAAUGGCCAAUAUUGUAUUGGUUAUCUACGCUGGUUGUGAAUCUCCACAGAAUAAUCUCUAGUAUCAUUCAACAUUUUAUACCAAAAUAUUUUUAAUUGUUAUUUUUACUGCAGGUGAUAUUAACUUCAUUCCUGCAGUUGAAUUUGUCAUUCCCAUUUUAAAAAAAAAAAAAGUUCUCUACUAAAAUAACUUUUCACACCAUUUAUAUACAUGUAUGUACGUUACAUACUGACAGGAUUUAGAUUCAAUUGAUUUGGACAAAAUUUGAACUUGAUUUUCAAGUGUUUAGCAUAUUUAGAUGAAGCAGUGAAUGUUAUGGUAACUGGGAAUAUGGUGUUUUUUAAAUGAAUGAUUUAUUUUAAUCUUGUUACUAAUGAAAACAUAAAUUCAGUACAGUUUUGGCCUGUUCUGUAUUCAGUAUUAUAUCUAGUCUGAGAAAGAUGAAAAAAUUUCCAAUAUAUUAUUGAAAGAAUUAGUAACCUUUAACAGGUGUGACAGGGUGCUGCUGCUUUGUGCUAAAAUUUCCAUCCCUGGCAAGUCAAGUUGUCUGUGCUUCCCUAUUAACAUGUUUAACAGCAUUCCCUGACAGUUAAAUUUUGCAUACUUCGCUCAAUAGAAUUUAGAAUACAAUAAAAAAGUUUACUUUUGUUGUGAGAUAAUAGAUAUAGAAUUUUUUUUUUUUUAUUAUUAUUAUUUUUUUUUUUUUUUCUUUUUCUUGGAUUUAUCCAAAGAAAAUAUAAGAUCUUACUAAAUUCCCACCAGACCCAUUCAUGCCCAGUUCUGCAAAUUUUAAGUUCAGUUGCUAAAUAUUUUAAGUAAAAAAUAGGAAAUAUGUUAUUUUGAAUUUAUUUUAAAGCUCUUUGUAACUUUUAAAGAUCAAUUUUAGACUGUGAAAAUGUCAUAAUUUUACUCUAUCUGUGCCAUAACUGGAUAUAAACUUUACAUUUUUUUUUAAAUUUUUUGUGCUUAUUAAGCAUGUUAAGUAAAUCUUUAUGUUCACUUUUUUAAAAAUUUGAUUUGAACUUGUGCAAUAGAUUGUAUCAAUAUGACCAAUUGUGUCAUUUGCUCAGUGAUAUUUAAAACUCUAUUAUCUGACUGAGGAAUUGCAUUUUUAUGUUUCUAUAGCAUGAUUUUAUUUUUCAUUUUGUGAAGAAGACAAUAUAAAUGGUGGAUUUUUUUGUUUUGGAAUUAGAUGUUGAUCAUCAGAAAAGAAACAUGUGAUUACAACUUCAGAAGUUGCCCCUUUUUUUUAAGGAGUUUCUAUCACAGGUGAACAUAUAGUGUGAAAAGAAAAAAAGUUUUAAAGAUACAGACACGUACCGUACUUGAUAAACCUUUCAUAUUGAAAAGGGGGAGAUUAUACACUUUUAAAGAUAGAGACUUAAUAAUUUACCUGAUUAUUAAUCAGGGUGUGAAGGCAUUAUUUUACAAUUGAUUUUGAGCUACAAGUUUGUAGCCAUUUGGAAAUGUUUGCUUAAUUGUAUAUAAUUUAUUGAAUACCUCAUACCAUUUUUUUAAAAACCUUGCUUGCCUUUUAAUAUUAACAUUUAACACAAAUUAAUAUUGAGUGAUCCCCAUUUUUUAUGUGACAAUGUUAUUGUAGAUAGUGGUUUGUAUGAAGUUAAUUAACACCAAUCUGUCAAUUAACACCAAUUUCUUAUUAAGUUCUUGACUUUCUCUAACCAGCAUGUUUAGAUGAAAAGUUUUGCACUCUCUUUUAAUUUAUGCAAAUUAGAAUGUGAAAACAUCCAUUAUUAAGUAUUAGGAUAAAAGACAAUUUUUAUGAAUAUGAUUUUAUUUUUAUUUCCAGAAAGCUUUUAAGAUAAUUUUUCAUUUCAGAGUCUUUUAGAUACCAAUGUUCUCUAUAAAGCACAGCUGUCCUAUUUUUUCCAAAAAAAGUGAAAAUGAGCAGGAGGAAUUUCAUUUUGUUUGUGUGUACACUACAGUAUCCAUUUGAUAUACCCAUCCUUUGACCCAUUUUUUCUCUAUCUCUCUCUCCCUCUCUCUCUCUCUGUAUCCUAAGUUUGAGUUAUAACAAGGAAGUUGAGGAGUUCUAAUUGUUGAAUGUAUGUGAUAUGUUUCAUGUUUAUUGUUAUAUACACGUUUGUUUGAUGUGAAUGUCUGUCAGUUUCAAUCACAUAAAAGUGCAUCAGAGAUAACAAUUGUAGUUGACACAUACAUUAAAUUGUGCUGUACAUUUAUGUAACAUUGUUUUGUUAUAGAGAGAUCUUUACCAAGUUGAAUACAGAAUGAUCUGUAGCUUGUUGCAUAUCUAUUUUGAUUAGAGAUUUUAUAUUAUUCAUGAUGCUGCUGCAUCAGAUUUUUAAUCAUUUUACAAAUCGUUCUAAAGUUUUGAAUUUAUAUGUUACUUAACACCCUGUGUCACUUCCCUUAAAUCACCAGGUUCACUAAUCUGUUUUGUGGCAAUAUUUUGACACAGAUGGCAACCUCUUCUGUGUUUCUGAAAAAAGGAAAAAAAGUAUAUAUAAGAAAUAAAUAAAUAGAAAGCAAUAGCACGUGUCAUUUUGAUUCUUCAUGCACAGAAUACUUUAAGAAGUCUGCUGUACUUUUUCAUAUUUUUUGUAGAAUAUCUGUGUGGCAUAGGAUGAACACAUAGGCUCUGUGAAUGUUGUUUACUUGUUUAUUGCAAAGUGUAAAUGAGACACCACAUUUAUAUCAUCCAUGGCAAAAAUUGUGAUUGUUUUCUUUUUAUAUAACAUCCACUUAUAGAUAUAAAAUGUCAAAUAAAAAAUUCUAAUGGAA